AUGAGGACGGGCAGAUUAUGGGGGCAGCAGCAGGAGGUACAGUACCUGGAGAUGGCGGGGCGCUCGUGCGGCGGUAGGAGGGCGGCUGCAGCGUCGAAAUGGGCGGGGGAGGGGCGCCAGCGGCUGAUGUUGACGAGCCACCGCCGCAGCCCGCUCUCCUCCUCCGUCAUCCCCCGCCCCCAAGACUGGGAGAGGAAGAGUCGUGAAGCGAGGAGCAGAGGAGGCGGGGGAACCGAUGGAGUCAACGACGGCGAAGGCAACCGCCUGCUGCUAGAUCGGUCGCCUCCAGGAGGACCUCCUGCCGUCUUCACCCGCCCGGACCGCGCCGCCGCGAUCUCGCCGGCCUUCCGCGUCGCGGCCGACGCUGACGCCGUCAGCUGGUCCAGCUCCCUGCCGCGCGACCUGACCCCACCCGCCGACGGUGAGCUCCCCGACGACCCACAAUCCAAGAAGGCGCUCUUCAGCCCCCGCUUCGCCAGAGUCUGUCGCCGGAAGGACGAAUGUCACGACUCCAUGCGCGAGCCGAGGAUGCCUGGUGGGACGGUGGGAGUGAAUAGGACGGGGAGGGGCAAAACGGACUUUUUGCCUUUGUUGCCAUGGUAA